UAUUUAUGAGCAAAGCAUCACAUAGUCCCAAUGACUUGAUCGAGUUUGAAAAUCACAAUAGAAAUUCUUCAUUUGGAAAGAGUAUAAUCGUAAUUUGAAUUUAGAGUUAUUGUCGACUGUUCCAAAUGUUCCUGCUUUUGGUUUCGGAACUUCAACAAGAUAUUAGGCUUCACAAGUAUACAGAGAAAAUAGAUUAAUGGAAAAAGGCAAACAUAGUCCAGGCCCAAUCUAUAAUCCAAUAAAAAACUUCUCUUAAUAAGCUGCCAGAGCUCCAAGUGCAAGAAUGGGUACAUCUACGAGGUAAAGCUUAAACACAAACCAUUAUGAUCAUUACAAAAGAAAAGAUGUCGAUGUAUUUUAAUUGAUAAUUUUAGUUUGAACCUUAAAAGGCUGAGCAUCUUAGAAAAUGGUCUGCAGGAACAGUCAGAUUUGGAUAAGAACAAAGAUUCUAAUAGAAAGAACUUACUAAGACUCCAGGUCCCAAUUAUGAUCUAACAGAAAGAGCUCAAGGCCCAAAAUAUACUAUGGGCAAUAGAAGAGCUCAUUCUGUUUCUUUUUCAACUCCAAAUACAAUUGGACCUGGAAGCUACAAACCAAAAAAGGAUUUUUCAACAGAAUUGCAAGAACCACCAAAAUACUCAUUCACUAAAGCUCAAAAAUUACCAUAAUAAAAGAAUAUUGAUAAAAAUUAGACUUAUUAUGUGCAGUAUAAUAGUAUUCUAUGAUUUUAGAGAAAGCGUUGGAGCACAAGUGGUAUCUAAUAAACCAAAUAAACCAGCUUUCAGUUUUGGUAAAGGAAUGAGAGAAGCUAAAUUAGCAAUGUACAAAAAUGAUUUUGUAAAAAUUGGGGUUAAUGUAAGGAUUCCACAUCCAAAAUUUUGA